UGUUGUAUAUAGCUGUCUGUGGAUGAGCAUCUUUGAGCAAAAAUCUAUCUUUCGUUUUUGCAUUUGGUGACUGGUGAUUUUAUCUUAAUCCCUUUUUUGGGGAUUUUUGUUUUCGUGGUCAAGAAAUGUUUUUGAUUGAGUUUCCUUGACUGGGACCAUCUGAUUGGUAGUUUGGUUUAGUAAUUGAAUGCUAAGCAGUUGGUUUUCUGACGAAUUGAGUAUGAGUUAGGUAUUUGUACAAUUGUGCCAGUGUUUUCCUAGGUUAUAGGAAUUUCGUACUACUUAAAUAUCUAAUGUCAUUGAUUACAUCAUGAGUUCAGUUGUGGUUGGAAGACUGCCUCUCUGAGUUUGAGUGAGAAAUCCUGACUUUGCUACCAGGCAUUGCUAGUGUUCUCAUUGAAAGAAUGCUUGAUAUUUGGUCUCCAAGUGACAAAUCUUGGGGUGACGAGGGAGACUUGUAGUCGGGUGGUUGUCCAUAGCUGACCAGCUCAAACAUAGGCUGCCAAGCCAACACUUGCUCUGAGAGUGGCAACCCUUGAUAUGACUUUUGGAUAAUUGCUAUUUAGAGUUAAACAUUAGGUUGUUAGAAUAUUGUCAGAGAGAAAAGGAAUUUUUCUCUGUUUGGUUGUUAGCUACUUGGAAAUAUGCUGCAGUAUGGGCCUAGAAUAAGGACAUGUUAGUGAUUGUUUGAAGUUUGAACAUGUGGUUCACAUGGCUGAAUUGAUAUCAGACCACAAUUUUUCAGUGCCUUAUGGCUGCCCUUGUCUGCCACUAAUUGGCUUGAGCUUUAGUUCCUUUUAGUAGUCAUCUCACCAUUUCAAGAAUUUUUUUGAUUUUAGAUUUUUCUUGCUUCAUGUUUUCAAGUGCCAACUGCCUGGGGAUGAGCUUGGAGACUUGGAAGGGAAUGAGAAUGAAUGCAUGUCUAUGAUUUAUCAACCCAUUAGAUGAUAGUUUAUAUAUCGAGCUUAACGUCGAAGGCAUCAGGGAAAUAUACACAGUUCAAUUUGUCCAUAACAAACAUUGAAUCUUUUGUGUAGAUGGAUGAAUUUAAUGUACAUGGUGAACAACAAGAGUACCUACACUGUUAAGAAGAUAAGAAAGCCAAAACCUUGGAAGCAUUCAGAACCGAUAACAAGGGAUCAACUAGUACAGAUGCGUAACGAAUUUUGGGACACUGCUCCACACUAUGGUGGUCAAAAAGAGAUCUGGGAUGCACUCUGUGCUGCAGCCGAGGCUGAUUUAGCCCUCGCCCAAGCUAUUGUAGAUGGCGCUGGUAUUAUUGUUCAAGCCCCCGAUCUAACAGUCUGCUACGACGAGAGAGGUGCCAAGUACGAGUUGCCAAAGUACGUUCUGAGUGAACCAACGAAUUUGAUUCGCGAUGGCUAAAGCAGUGGGACUGGGAAGACCAUUGAUGCUUCACUUGGAAUGAAGAUCUUGUAAAUUGGUUUCAUUUCAUUUCCCCUUUUCAAUUCAUUUUGCUUUCUGGGCAGCAUUCACCCAUUAGUUGUUAUGAAGAAACUGGUGUUAUCUGGAAAAUGGAAAUGGUACUACUAGAGUAAAUGCAUGAGUCUACCAAGAGCAUAUUUUGCUUGUUCUGACGCAGUACAACUGUUUGUGCAUUAAAAUGACUAGAGUCAAUUUUCUAUA